GGGACUAGUUAGAACAUUACAUUGCAUGUUUGGACAAUAUAGUAGUACAGUAGAGUAGUAGAAAUUUUCCCAGCCCCUUAAGUUUGACUGAUGAUUUAAACCCCCAGUAGCCACCUAUAAAAUAGAAAUGCUAGUUAAAUGAACUGUGGAUCUGCCUUGUCCUGUGCUGUUCCCCAUGUCUUUAUAAACCCCAUUAUCCAAUGCUGUUUUCUCCUCUCUACUACAUUGCUUCCUUCAUGCAACUUUCUUGACGUUGACCAGGAAGCUGCUGGUCGCCUGAUGAGUAUGAGCACGACUACAGAACCCACUAACGAUGCUCCCACUGUUACAGAAGAAAGCAAAAUGGCUACAGCUGUGAAAACAGAGAAGAAGCCAGAUGAGGUUGCGGCGCCAGCAGCACCAGAUGAGGAAGAGGAGGAGGAAGAGUAUGUUGUGGAGAAGGUCCUGAAUCGGAGAGUGGUUAAAGGGAGAGUGGAGUACCUGCUCAAAUGGAAGGGAUUCUCAAAUGAGGAUAACACAUGGGAACCAGAAGAUAACCUGGACUGCCCAGACCUAAUCGCAGAGUUUCUUCAGUCUCAAAAGACCGCACAAGAGGGGAAGAGGAAGGCAGAUGGAGACGGCGAUGACAGCAAAUCAAAGAAGAAAAAAGAUGAUACAGAGAAAUUAAGGGGUUUUGCUCGAGGUCUGGAUCCAGAAAGAAUAAUUGGUGCUACAGAUUCAACGGGAGAGCUUAUGUUCCUCAUGAAAUGGAAAAACUCAGAUGAAGCUGACCUGGUCCCAGCAAAAGAAGCAAAUGUAAAAUGUCCACAGAUCGUCAUUUCUUUCUAUGAGGAGCGGCUUACCUGGCAUUCGUACCCCACCGAAGAUGAGAAAAAGGAUGAUAAAAACUAACCCAGGGCAACAGGGGCAGGGGUGAAAAAAAAAAAAAAAAAAGAGUAGUUUUGAACUUCGUUGUACUUUCUGAGAGGGGGGGGUUGGACAGGGAUGGGCAGACUGUGGCAAGCAAGACGCAUUUGUCUUUUGAUGUAGUAUGACUUCAUUUGAUUCUGCUUUUACUUGGAGUUAAUCUAAACCUGUAUAUUCUUCAGAUUUGCUUGACACAGGCCAAAAAAGUAAAGAUGCAGUGUUAAGUUUUGAGUUUCCCAGUCCUCUGCAGUAUCUUGUUCCCUUUGGGCAGUGCUUAUCAUCGUGCCCGAACAUUGUAUUAGUAAGGUGACAUUUCAUUUUUGUUUUAUAUUUUUUAUCAAUGUGCCAUUUUUAUUCUGUACUUUAUUGGUCAUGUGAUUUGCAGGCAAAACUGUGUCCAUCUUUGCCUUAUAUGUAUAACUUGUUUGAUGUAUAGUUAUAAACUGUGCUUUCUUUGUUCAGUAAUCAUUAGUGUUUUCAAUAACAGCCAUGUCUUGCUUGUCUGUUUUGGAAAAUAAAACCACUUUUUGUUAUAA